CCCUGGGGGCUCGAGGCGACGGUGAUGGGCCCCGCGCUGCUCCUGGCCGCCGCCGCCGCCGCCUCCCUGGCGCUGCCGGUGACCGGGACCGGCCCCGGCCCCGCCCGGCUCCGCUUGUUCUUCACCCCCCCCCGCUGCCGGUUCCGUUGCGCCGGGGGUCGUUGCGUUCAUUUUUGUCAACGCGGGGGGAACGUCACCGCCUUGGAAAGCGGUCGUCCCCCCGGGGGGAGCGGCUUCCGUCUCGUUGUGUGCCCGCUGCUGUGCCAGAACGGGGGGGUCUGUGCUCGCCCCAAUAGCUGCGUGUGCCCCCCCGAAUUUACCGGCAAGUUCUGUCACCUCCCAGCUAACGGCACCUGGGGGGACAAGGGGGUCCCCCAAAAUCCGGAGGGGCCCCAAGCUCUCACCCAAUCCGUCUACACCCUACCCUUGGCCAACUAUCGGGAGGAAGAGGAUGGUGCCCAAUCCAUGGUGAGCAUCCACAUGCAACACCCACCCGAAGCCUCAGUCACCAUCCAUCAAGUAGAACAGGUGCGGGGGGGGGAUGAGACACCCCCAGCCCCCACAGCACCCAGAGCCCCUCGCCCGGCACCCUUCUACCGUGUCCUGGCGCAGAGCAGCCCCCGGGUGCUCCCCAGUGAGGAGGGUGCUGGGUACGGAUACUGCUUCCGGCAGCUGCGCGGGGGAGAGUGCAGCUCCCCCCUCCCCGGUCUCCGCACCCAGGAUAUCUGCUGCCGGGGGGCCGGCGUGGCCUGGGGGGUCCACGAGUGCCAACCCUGCGACGGCCACCCCCACCUGCUCCAGCAGGAUGCUCCAUGUCCCCAAGGCUUCCAGCGCAUCAAUGGGUCCUGUGUGGAUGUGGAUGAGUGCCAGGAGGGGGGGUUCUGCCAGAAUGGGCUCUGCACCAACACGCGGGGCAGCUUUGCCUGCCUGUGCCAGCCGGGAUUCCUGCUGGAUUCUUCCCAUUCCAGCUGUAUCUCCCACCAGGUGAUCUCGGAAGCGCGGGGACCCUGUUACCGUGUCCUGCGAGAAGGACGCUGCGCCCUCCCCACCCUCCGCAACAUCACCCGCCAGAUCUGCUGCUGCAGCCGGGUGGGCAAAGCCUGGGGGGCUGCCUGCCACCGCUGCCCCCCCUUUGGCUCUGAGGGGUUCAAGGAGAUCUGCCCAGCCGGUCCUGGUUACCAUUACUCCGCUUCUGACCUUCGCUACAACACCCGUUACCUGGGGCAGGAUCUGGCCCGCGUCCCCCUUGGACGUCCCCGCGUUGUCACCACCGCCCCCCCCUGCCACUCAAGGAACGGCACCCAGGUCCCCUGCCCGUCACCCGGAUGCCACCCAUCCCCACAAGGCCACUGCUGGUCCCCGAGAGGCCCCCCCCCUGCCCCCGAGGUCAUUGUGGUACCACGACCCACCCAGGGGUUGGUGGGACCCUUCCCCACCCUGCCCACCCGGGAGGGGCCAGGCCCAGCUGUCGUCAGCAUCUGCGAGAGGAACCCCCAGAUCUGCGGCCCCGGGCGCUGCGUCCCCCGUCAGGGCGGCUACACCUGCCUCUGCCACCCCGGCUUCUGGCUCAGCACCCAGGGCACCCACUGCAUCGAUGUGGACGAGUGUCGGCGCAGCCCCUGGCCCUGCCCCAACGGUCACUGUGAGAAUUCGGUGGGGAGUUACCGCUGCCUCUGCUCCCCCGGCUACCGCCCUAGCGCCGCCGGCACCAACUGCCAAGAUGUGGAUGAGUGUGCCCAAAGCCCCCCACCCUGCACCCAUGGGUGUUGCGAGAACCUGCCCGGCAGUUACUGUUGUGCCUGCCCCACCAGCUACUGGGGGACGGUGCCGGAUGAACCCUGCGAGGACAUUGACGAGUGCAAGAACCACCUUGCUUGCCCUGGCCAAGAGUGCGUCAACACCCUGGGCUCCUUCCAGUGCCAACCCUGCCGUGAGGGCUUCCAGCUCCACCGUGGCCGCUGUGCAGAUGUGGACGAGUGCGUGGUGGGUUCCCCCUGCGGUCCCCAAGGCCGCUGCGCCAACACAGAGGGCUCCUUCCGCUGCGAGUGCCGGCACGGUUACCGGGCAGGCACCGGUGGUGCUCCAUGCACGGAUGUCAAUGAGUGCCUGGAGGGUGACUUCUGCUUCCCCCACGGCGAGUGCCUCAACACGGAGGGCUCCUACACCUGCCUCUGUGCCCAGGGCUACACCAGCACCCCCCAGGGCACUGCUUGCACCGAUGUGGACGAGUGCCAGCAUGGGGGUGUCUGCAAGGGCGGCCGCUGUGCCAACACCGAUGGCUCCUUUGAAUGUCACUGCCCGGCGGGUUUCCGCACCGAUGCUGACAAGGCCCUGUGCCAGGACGUGGACGAGUGCCAGGAGUAUAGUGACAGCCUCUGUGGUGCCCAACGCUGUGACAACAUCCCUGGUUCCUACCACUGCGUCACUGAUUGCCAGCCUGGCUACCGGGCCGGUGACAGCGGGGACUGUGUCGAUGUGGACGAGUGCCAGGAGUACGGUGCCAGCCUCUGCGGUGCCCAACACUGUGACAACAUCCCCGGUUCCUACCGCUGCAUCACCGACUGCCAGCCCGGCUACAGGGCUGGUGAUGGCGGGGACUGCGUCGACGUGGACGAAUGUUCCAACGGGACCUUGUGCGGAGCCCACGCCACCUGCCACAACCUCCCCAGCUCCUUCCAGUGUGCCUGCGACCCAGGCUACGAAACCGCCCGCCAUGGCCACCACUGCGUGGAUGUGGAUGAAUGCGAGAUGUUACGGGGGGUCUGCGGGGCCGAACGCUGCGAGAAUGUCGAAGGCUCCUUCCUCUGCCUCUGCCCCAACAGCCGGGAUGAAUUUGACCCUGUGACGGGGCACUGUGGCCCCCCCCCUGCCCCCCAAAGCCCUCCCCAGCCCCCAGCACGGCUGCCUGUUUCAGCAAAGCUUGUGGGGUGCUGGCACCCAACGUCACCCAACAGCAAUGCUGCUGCAGCCUGGGCUGCUUGGGGCACCCAAUGCCCUGCCCAGCCCUGCCCGGCCCCCAGCACCGAUGAUCACCUCGCCAUCUGCCCACAUGGGCACGGCCGAGCCCUCAUUGGCCCCCAAAACUUGCUGGCAGACGUGGAUGAGUGCCAGCUCUUCGGGCCCCAGCUCUGCUGGGGGGGGGUUUGCCUCAAUGCCUCCCCUGGCUUCAGCUGCUAUUGCCCCAGCGGCUACUACUAUGAGCAGGAGCACCUGCAGUGCGUGGAUAAUGACGAGUGCGGGGCAGAGGAGGCAGAGCCCUGCCUGGGGGGUCGUUGCGUCAACACGGUGGGCUCCUACUAUUGCUCCUGCCCCCCCCCACUGGUCCUGGACGGGUCCCAGCGCCGCUGUGUCGCCAACGACACCCACCUGGAUGCUGCCCAGGCCGUGUGCUGGCAGGAGGUGGGGGUCGACCUGGUGUGCGGCAGACCCCGGCUGGACAGGCAGGUCACCUACACCGAGUGCUGCUGCCUGUACGGGCAGGCGUGGGGCAUGGACUGCGCCCUCUGCCCCACCCGCCACUCAGAUGACUUCGAGUUCCUCUGCAAUGUCCUGCGCCCCCCCCGCCCCCCCCCCUCCUACGAAUAUGCCCCCGAUUUCGCCCCCCCUUACGGGCUCCCAUACGGCCCCGCCAUUUUCGGGGGGCCCCACGUCCCCCCCCCGCCUCUCCAUUCCGACUACGACCUCUAUGGCUUCGGGGGGGCAGCGGGGGGUUAUGACCCCCGGGGGGACCCUCUUUACACCCCCCCCCGUUAUGAGGGUGACGAUUUUGAGGACCCCCGACACCCUUUCACCCAUCGACCCCGGGGACCCCGCUAUGAGCCCCCCGACCCCCACCCUGGCCCCCCCUGGUCCUACCAACCCCAUGGGACCGGGGGGUUCAUUGAGGAGGCGGGUGAGGAUGAAGAGGAGGAAGAUGCGGGGGAGGAAGAGUGUGGGGUGCUGAGUGGGUGCCAGCAUGGGCGCUGCAUUCGGGUGCCCAAUGGCUUCACCUGCGACUGUGACCCAGGGUACUGGCUGGACCCUGCCCGGCUGGACUGUGUCGACAUCAACGAGUGCUCGCAGGCAGCUCUCUGCCUGCCCGGCCGCUGCCUGAACACCCCCGGCUCCUAUCGCUGUCUGUGCCCCCCCCGGCCACGUCCUGGCACUGGCCCCACCCCGCUGCCUGCCCGCGCGCCCUCAUGCCUGAGGACCCCCCCCCGCCACGCCGGGGGCCCUAUAUUUAUUGUGUGUGUAUAUAUAUAUUUUAUAUAUAUAUAUAUAGGAUCCGGGAUUUGAUGGGGGGGGGGUCCAUCCUGCCCCCCACCCGGACCAUGGGGGAGCACCCAUGGGUGCCCCCGCUGGCACCUGGCUCUGUGUUGUCUCCCCCCCACCCCCUGUGUCGGGGUGCUGUGGUAAAGCAUCGGGGGGGGGGCGGGGAGUGGGUCAGUUUGG